AUGCACAUAGCCACAUCUCUUAUUAUUCUGCUCUUUUGGGUUGAUCUCGGACAUGCAACUAUAUCCCUACUGGAACCCAAUUGCGGAGUUUCCCUAGCAGGAUCGCGUGUGAGCACCAGGAUAAUCCACGGAGAGGUGGCAGAGAUACACCGAAACCCUUGGAUGGUUCAUAUAGAUAGUGAAACCACUGCAUGUGGCGGUUCCCUGAUAACAAGCCGUUUUGUUCUUACUGCUGCACAUUGCCAGUCGAGGGGCCGUACAGUGGCAUAUCUUGGAGAGUUUAAUAUAUUAACCCGGAGGGAUUGCACGAGACAGGGUUGCAUACCCAAUGCCAUUGGAAUUCCCGUGGAUGCUCAAAUACCUCAUCCCAGAAAUGUGAAUCUUAACAAUGACAUAGCUCUGUUUCGCCUGGCCAGGAGGGUUCAGUACACAGACUACAUCAAGCCGAUCUGCCUGCCGACCAACUACAAUCCUUUGUCCCAAAUCCGACACUUUACUGCCGUCGGCUGGGGUGAGACCGAACGGGGAAUCAAUAGCAACGUCUUAAAGACCACCACCUUAACGCAAGUGGAUCGCUCGUAUUGCUCAGCUCUGUAUGGCAGAAUAGAUAUGUCUCAAAUUUGUGCCGGAGACCGCUCUAACCAUGUCUGCCGCGGUGAUUCUGGGUCUCCAAUCUCCGCCGUAAUAAAGAUAAACGGGGUAAAUCGCGUCGUCCAGGCUGGACUUGUCAGCUAUGGAGAUUACGCCUGCAGGCAAUUCUCGGUGUUCAGCAAUGUGAUGUUCCACAUGAACUGGAUUGUGGAUGUCGUCCGACGCGACGGAAGUCGAACAAAUGGAAAUAGUAAUCGGAUUCCCAAUAAUAAUAGGCGUAGGCAAGGUUGA